UGACUCAAAAUACGGAAGUGGACAAACUGAAAUUGAAUUUCUGGCGACCAUUUUUUCGUAAAUAAUUGUUUCAAAUAUGAGAUGACAAUAUGAAGCCGAAAACUAACAGACAGCGCAAAGAGCGCGAGAUCGACAAAGACACUGUUGUCGCCUAUCAUGAAUUUCUCCAGGGACGUAUACAGGGGGAACUGAACGGGGUUACGAUUGGCCCCGGAUAUACGCUCAGUAGAUUUGCCGUUGGGUUUUUCAUUUUCGGAUUUGUUUGUAUGAUUGUUGGUAUUCUUGUGAUCACACUCCGCCACAGACAUGUAUACCUUGUGUCCUGGGAUGACCAGUUUUUGGGCCCAUUCUUUAUCAUCAUGUUCUUGCUAUGUUGUGCUGUUGCUACAUUCUUGCUUCUGAUUGCCAAACGGAGGACCAAUCAGUACAGAAAAGAUCUUGCAUUUCGACCAAUUGGAGACUAUGGUGUUGCUGUGGUCCACAAGAGCAAGCUUAGUUAUGAUGACCAAAAGAAAUCAGAGUUAAAGUCUGGUACAACGCCACAUAAUGUCAGACAUCCAGGCCGACCAGGCGUUAAUGACAAAGGUAACCGGGGUGAUUAUAGCAAGAGUCGAGGCUAUGAUAACCGUGGUUACAAUGACGACAAUGGACGUCGGUACUAUGACGAUGAAAAACGACGUGACCGAGACAGGGACAGGGGUAGAGAUCAGAGAGACGGUCGUAGUCGUGGCGAUAGGCCUAGGGAUGAUCGACCAAGAGACCGGCCACCUAGAAGGGAUGGGGAUCGUCGUCCUCCUCCUCGUGAAGGAGAGAGGGGUCGCGAUGAUCGGGAAAGAGGUAGAAGACCUCCAGGUGAUCCUAAUCGCCCACGACCUCCCAGGGGACCAGAAGAUGAACGCCGUAGAGCUGAAGCAAGGAGGAGAUAUGAAGAAGACAAGAGAAGGAGAUAUGAGGAAGACAAAAGACGAGCUGAACUCAGGAAACAGGCAGAGGCUGAAAGCUAUGAUCGUAUGGAGCGUACUCCGAGCCAGGAACGUGGUAUAGACGUUGAUGAAGGGGCACGUACGUACCAGGUACAGACCACAGUAACAUUAUCACGUCAGAUUCAAGAAACGGAUGAAUCUGAGUUAUAGAUCUGUACAUUACUACAGCAUUCCAUUGUGCUUAUACUUGGAAAGGACAUUCCAUUAAUAUGACAUUCCUUUAAUAUGACAUUACAGAUAACAAGCAGAAGAUAUUCCAUGGUACAUUUUAUACUGAUUAAGCGGACAUUGUGCACACAUCAUUCCAUUGAAAACCAUUCUAGAACACAAGACAAAUGGAAGUAUAUUUCAUUGUACAUAUGAUUACAGUAGGUUGAUGUUCAAAGUAGGUAAAUGUUGGAAAGGGACUUCAUCAGUUUUUUGUAGUAAAAGAGCUUUGUCAAAGUAUUAGUGUCAAAUAAUUUUGUUAUUGAAUUUAGAAAAAUUUUAAUAGCUAUUCCUUGUCUGUAAAGAUUUUUUUUUCAAUGAUAAAAUUUUAAAAUAGAAUUAAAAUGCAAGACCUAAGCAAAAUUACUUUUUCCACUAUAUUCAGAAUUAUUUUCUUUAGUAAGAAAAAUGUUGCAAUCAAGUGUUUUAACAAACACUAUGUACAGCCAAGUCAUUUUGUUGUAAAAUUAUAUAAAACUACUAAAGUAUUAGUCAGGUAUAUAGAAAUAAUUUAAUUUAAUACUGGAUUAUCUUAUCCUUUUAAAAAAGAAAAGGCUUAUUCUAAUCAAUAGCAUGUCCAGAACUGUAUGAGUUGGGAGUUAUACAUGUCCUUGAAAUAGUUUUUGUACAUAUAUGUAUGUAUACAUUUUUUAGCAUUUAGUCGUUUUGAGUCCUGUAUCAUAGCCCUGAUCAUACCUUUUAUAUAUAUCAUUUGGUCUAACCAUUUUCACAUGUAUAUAGACAAGCAUAUAUUUUUAUACAAAUCAUUUUUAUAACUCUCAGUUGUAUAUUCUUUUUAUGCAAUCUUUAUUACAGCAGAAUAUGUAAUUUUUAAGUGAUUUUAUUCAGUACUAUGUUGUGAACAGUAAGGUGUUUGAUGUUGAAAUUUGAGAAAAAAGUGUUAACUAUGAUUUAGCUGUGAACCUUUAGGUACUUGAGUAUUUGAAAUAAUAAGCAUAACAUAAACUGAACUUUUUCAUCAGUUAAAAUGAACUUUAGUUUUAGAAUUAACUAUCCAUAUUGUCAACAAUGGUUGUGCGAAAAAAAAUAUCAAGAUUAUAUUAAAGGGAGAAAACUGA